GGCACGAUUAGAUGGAGUCAUUCUUUGAGCCUUAUUAUUGGUUAAUUCCACAAACAAAGAGUGGCUGAUUUACCAUGGCAGAAACUUGACCGUACACGUCUGGCUUGUGUCCCACUUUAUUGAAUUGUAUCUUGUCCCCUUUUUUAAUCACGUACAUGUUCACAGUGUAGUUUGCUCUACGCCGUCAGUUGCUUCUCACAGACAUGAGUCGCUUUCUGAACGUCCUGCGGAGCUGGCUGCUUAUGGUGUCCGUCAUCGCGAUGGGAAACACCGUGCAGAGUUUCAGAGAUCACAGCUUCUUGUCAGAGAAGCUCUACACGGGCACACCAGAGUUUGUGAAUGGCCUCCAAGCUCGAACAUUUGGUAUUUGGACAUUGCUGUCAUCGAUCAUUCGCUGUGCCUGUGCCAUUGAUAUCCAGAACAGAACGCUUUAUCACAUCACCUUAUGGACAUUUGUCCUGGCAUUGGGACACUUUCUGUCAGAAGCGUUCAUUUACAAAACUGCACCUCUGACUAUCGGAGUAAUGGCACCACUCAUUGUCGCAAGUUUCUCUGUCAUAGGAAUGCUCAUUGGGUUCCAGUGUUUUCCAGAGACACAAGAAGAAGUCAGAGCACAGCAGAAGAAACGUAACUGAAUUCCAGCAGUUUGAAUG